GCCUAUUCUUCCAGGCAUGUCCUUAGCUUCACAAGAGUUGUUUUAGUGUGUUAAACGAUGAAAGUAGAUCGUAAGGGGCUUACUGCUUCUUUCCUCACAUUAUUUAUAGGAAUAUUUGGGAGUGAUGGAGAGCACUGCACAGUUCGGAUCACUUCAUCCUCAGCAGUUGAUAACGAUUCACCCUUUUUCGGUAUCUCAGGUAUUCUCAAUUCAACACAAUACGUAGAUAGCGAAGAACCGUUCAAAUGCCAGUUUAUAUUCCUCGGUAGUGGAACCGAAAGAGUUCAAAUUACAUUCCUUUAUUUCAAUUUGUAUGCGCGGAUUCCCCAUUUGAAUAACAUGACCAAAAGGUGCUAUGAAAUGGACCACUUGUCAGCUCAUGUACUGAUAGGUACCCGCAUGUCUCGAAUCGAAGACUUCUGUGGUGCUGAAACACCUCCUCGGCUGAUGUCUACCAAAAAUCUAUUGACUUUGGAUUAUGUGGUUCGAUCUACCAAAGCAACAAGACGGAUGAUGGCUAACGCUAAAAAUUUUGGAUUUAUACUAAAGUAUCAUUUUCGGUCUGAUCUAGGCUUGUCAGAAAUGAAUGCUGAAGUAAGAAAUGAUUUGACUUGCCAUUAUGAGUUUAAUUCAUCUCGGCGCAACUCAGGUGACAUUUUCUCUCCCAAUCAUCCAGGAUAUUAUCCUCGCAACAUUGACUGCCAUUACAUAUUUCAUGGAACUGAGAAACAGGUCGUUGCUAUACAUUUUGAAUAUUUUGACGUGGAAGGAUUAGCUACCUGCGGUGACAGUACGCACAGCGAUUACGUACUAUUCAGCAACUACCAGACUCAGGAUCGUACCAAUCGUCGCUAUUGCGGUCAGAUUUGUCCAACAGACUCAAUUGUUAGUGAAUCGAACUAUUUCCGGAUGUUGUUUCGCUCCAAUGAUAUCUUUGACGCCACUGGCUUCUAUGCUCACUACCAAUUUAUUACAGAACGUAGGUCUUGA